AUGCACUUCCCACUGAGGGUUACGCCCACAGACAUUAAAACGGUGUUUUUAUCGAUCGACAAGUGUGUCCUGCUCACACUUCUCGAUUCCGCAAAGCUGAUUGGCUGCCCAUGGAGUGAUCACAAUUCCGCUUAUACCUACUCGCCUCUGACCAACAAUAAGUUUUGCGUCAAUCGAGUUGGGAAUGAGACGAUCGCCCUCAGCGCUAUGAGCACAGGCCAAGAACCAGUCGAGUUGGAGGGAGAUGUGUCGGCUGUGAUUCCAAAGUCAGCACGAUAUUAUCUCUAUUUUGUUGCCGCUGCCUUCGUGCUUCUACUGAUUCUUCUUCUGUACUUGGAAAAGGUCCUCUGUUUUCGAAUUUGCCAAGGCCGUACCUGUUUCGAUCCGAUGCGAACUAGUAAGUGCAGUAAUUGCUCAACUUUUACACUUACACUCCUGAUUGGCAACUGGACAUUUUAUGACUAA